CGCUUCUCGGCGGCGUAGGUGACGUCAUGAGCGUCCUACUGCCCAACAUGGCGGACUUCGACACCAUCUAUGAACUGGACGAGGAGGAGGAGCGGGUGGUGAGCGAGGAGCAUCUGGCGAGAUAUUGCCCGGAGCCCGUUAUUAUGCGCGGGGCUGGGCACAUCACCGUGUUUGGCUUGAGCAACAAAUUUGAUACCGAAUUUCCUUCAGUUCUUACCGGAAAGGUUGCUCCUGAAGAAUUCAAGACAAGCGUGGGGCGCGUGAAUGCGUGCUUGAAGAAAAACUUGCCUGUAAAUGUAAAGUGGUUGUUCUGUGGUUGUCUUUGCUGCUGUUGCACAUUGGGCUGCAGUUUGUGGCCGGUUAUUUGUCUUAACAAAAGAACAAGAAGAUCAAUUCAGAAAUUAUUAGAAUGGGAAAAUAACAGAUUGUAUCAUAAGCUUGGUCUUCACUGGAAGUUAAGUAAAAGGAAAUGUGAAAGCAGUAACAUGAUGGAAUAUGUAAUUCUUAUAGAAUUCCUACCCAAGUAUCCUAUAUUUCGGCCGGACUGAAGAGAUUCCCAGGACAUCCUGCUGCGUGAUUUUUCAUUCCUAUCCUUAGUGCCUUGUAGAUGUGUUGGACAGACAGUCUAUGCUGCUGUGUUGUAAUAACCUAGUACCUUGUACAGCAGAAACGCGACACUGUCACUUCAGCUUUAGAGCAGAUUUUGCACACUUUCUUGCAUAAAGUGAUGCUCCCUUCGUUGCACUUGAGACUUAUAGUUGUAAACGACAAGAAAGGUAAUUGCCAUCGAGAACCUUAACACUGGUGCUGUUUUAAAUGUGCGCAAAAAAUCCUGCAGGCAGUUCUGUUGAAAAUAACCUACUCAAAGAUAGGGUGCAGACACAAGCACGCUUAUACAUUAUAUAUUGCUUAUACCUCACAAUCCAUACCUCUUGUGUUUGUGGAAUUAAGUGAGGUUUCGUAAGGGGACUGGCAUAGCUCAUUUCCUGUGUCACCUGUCCCCUUAUGUUCCUGUAUAUAAUACACGCUUUUGUGUAUAUUGUGUCACCUGCAAAGUGACACGUCGGACUGCUGUAACCUCAUACAGUUAAACCUGGCAGAGCUGAUUUCUCGUAGCGCAAGGGGUUCCACCUGGUAGAAAAACGUCUUACACGGAUUGCGUAGACAGGGGGUUGGCCGCUGAGCUCAGACCAAAGUUUUACCUUCGACUCGACAGCUGAAGGGAUUGCCGCUGUGCUCAGUUCGGCAAUCUGAAUUCCAGCGUGGUGGCCCCUGGCAUUCCUGUUCGGCGAGGUACUUAUUCCGGUGAGCCGGACUCCUUUUUGAUUUUUCUGGCACUUAUCGGAUACGGGGGGACGUGGCUUCCCAGCCGAACAGCUGAUACCGUCCUGUGCUCCCCGGAUGGGUUUCCUGUAACUCUGGUUUGCCACAGACAUGCACACCUAUCCACGCCCCCAUGGCCAGAGGAAUUCACUUACCACGCUGUAGUAAUGUGGUUUUUUUUUGGCCAUGAGGUUCAUUCUUGCAGAAGUAUCAUCCAUGCAAAUGUUCAGACGGCCAUAACACCAGAGCAUUGGGGUGUGCCGGUUUCCAAUCCGUGAGGUUUAAUCGGUUCGUCCCAGAGUCGCCGGACGCGCCGGGUUCGCCACUCGAGCAUCAUGGGGGCAUGGCGGCACGUGGGCAGACCCCUCUGCCGACCGACCAAGGGGCGGUUUUCUCAUUUCGGCCGACUCAACGAUCCGCCUCCAUAAACCCAGCUGGUGUGGCGCCACAGCCGAAGAGCUCAAACCUGGUGGUUUAAAUGUGAAACCUUUUCUUCUUUUUGUGUUCUUGAAGAGUGUUUUUGUGCGUUUUGCAAAUAAAGCUUAGAGGAACACCAUCGCUAAUUUCUAAGCAAAUUGGAGCAAAUUAAUCCACAGAUCAAUUAGACGCUCAUACUACAAGAAAUUAUCACCUUAAAAAGUUUUGAGUUCAUGUCAAAUGCAGUGCAGGAGCAUAUUUAAGGCAGCAUCACUUUUUUCUGCACUUUGGAAAUUACCUUAUAUUGAGAGGUCAAGAAACAAGCCUGUAAAUAGUGCUUUAGCACAUAAUGUACAGUGUGGUAUGCCAUUGUUUACAGAAUGUAAUAUACUUUGUUUUGCCAAGAAAUUAAUGUACUGUAGAUUUAUGAAGAGAUUUCUAAGUAUCUGCUAUUUAUAUGGACCCAUUUAUCUAGCAAGCCAUAUUAGUUAUGUACAUAAACGCUAGACAAAAGACUGAAAACUUGCACUUCAGUAGCAGUUCUCCAGCUGAGGGAGAAGUAUGGACUGUCUUCAGUUCACAUGAACACUUCCUUGUCACAGAGUCAAGUCACUCCAUGGGUGUGCUUUGUAACAGUACUGAUGGUGUAAAGUCAAAUGGGGAUUUGCCAACUAGGGAUUUUUUUUAUUAUUUUUUUACAUCGUUGAAUUUGUACUUUCAAGUACCACGUUUUCUUUCUAUUGAUAAUAAAUAUGCAUUAGUUAUCCAUGCUGUUCAUGGACUUUUGUAUUAAUGGAUUAGUCGGUUGAUUGAUUAAUACAAAAUUGCUCUUGGCUUCUAAAGUCAUUCACUCUUCACAUAUCUUCUCAUCUUGUGCUGUAGACACAGGCUCCAAGUUUUACCUAUAUUUUCCUUCUUCCUCGGUACCCUCAAGUACUUCACUGGUGUGGUGUACACUGCACAUUUUCUUUCGUUAGCUAAACAAAAUGACUUUUAAGGUCCGAUGGAAAGGUCAGACAUUGUGUACAGUGUCUUGUUUAUUUCCAAAUACAAGACAAGGAAGAAGGACUACCAGCACGAUUUAGGCUGGUGCUAGAGGCCAAGGGAAAAAGAUAAAUCAUGGGACUGCUUGGCUAAUUGUAAUAAAGGAAUGAAACAUCAUCCCAGGCGAUGAGAGGGAUUCAGUAAAACAGAGCUCUCUUCAGUGUCAUUCCUACUCGAGACAGUACUAUUUUUUAAACAUGACUUGAUUCCUAAGGAUCACUGAAACAGUUUAUUCAGUGGUUUUUACUUCUGUUUUCAUUGGUCCACGGUGAAACUGGAUUAAAUUAUUUUAAUGUGUGUGUUUUGUGUUUCCUAUAGCUAAGAAUCGGGGAUUCGUGGUGAAUUUCUACUUUCAGAACGUGAAGCAAAUUGAUUUUGCAUUAAUGAUCUAUCGGAUGUUUCACUCCAUGUUAUUUGCAUGUUUUCUCCUUAUGAUUCAAAACGAUUUUAUUCUGGCAGCGGAUCUUCCUUGCCCCUGUAGUGUGUGGGAACUGUGUGAGGACAGGUUAUUUGUGAAUAACGCUGACUGUGAAUUAAUUCACUUGUAGCCGUUAGAGGAAGUGUAUUUCCUUAGUUCCGUUAAUAGUGCAAUGCAUAAGACGUUUCUAAUUCAUGCAAAAAUAUUUCUUCAAUUCUGACGCUUUUGAAAAUGUGCUAAAUCAAAUAGUCAAAUAAAGAACAUAAGAGUCAGUAAAAACAAGGGGUGGGAGUAUCUGGCAAAUGUCGCUCAUUUUAUUUAACUACUGUACCUGUUGGUGAAAAUGGGCAUUGCGAUGCUUGUUGACAUUGUGGUUUAGAUUUAGGUUAUUUUCAUCGGCCAAGUAAGUGAAUAAUGUUCAUUUACAGCAUUUUGUUACACAACGGGUUGGGUUCUGACAGGGGUAACAAGCUGUUAACAAGGUUUCAGUAAAUAAUUCCACAUUUAACUUGGCGAUAUGAACUGUUUUAGUGAGAGGAAUAGUGCACACUGUAGCAUGACAGCUGUGAAUCUUGACUGCUUUUCUUUGCUAGUGCUGUGUGUUCCACCUUGAUUCUGCAUGCACACGAAUUAGUUGCCAAUAUGUUAGCUUUUAUGUAAAGAGUAUAAAAUGAAUAGAUUCAAUUUUUGUUGUAAAAAUGUAUUUUUAUAACUUUUUUAAAUAUUCUUUUUCAAAUACAUUUGUUUAAAGUUCUGUUUGCAGCCUGUUUUUAUGUACAGUCAUUGGGUUUGUUAUUUGAGGAGCAGUCUUAUGUAAAAUGAAGCUUGGAGAAAGAACAUUUGCAAACUUUUUUUUUGGAGAAUUUACAGCAUUUUCCCUUUAUUUGUGCACGGUGACUUUUUAGUACAAUCGGAAAACAACAGGAUCUUUGGGACAGAAAGAUGUUUUGCUCACUUGUGGUUUUCUUGAACCCUGGACGACCGAAGGACCUUAAAGUCAUUGGACCUGAUUGAAUUUGGAUUCCAGAAAUGAAGAGCACAUUUCAUACUGCACAUUUCCCAACAGCUGUUCUUUAAACCGAACUGGAGCGACGAUCAGCACCGGCAAAUGUGCAAAUUGUACCAGAAUGAUGUAUCUGUGGGAAUUUGUUAAAAGACCUCUGUCAUGCUUGUCAGCGAAAUAGAAGCCGAUAACCUCAGGAUUUCAAAGCUGAAAAUAAAAACUACAGAUCUCAAA